AUGCAGCUAGUGGAUCCUUUGUUCAACGACACUCCGUUUGUCGUCUUUUAUGCUCCCACUAAAAGGCUUUACAAUGAGACUGUACACUUCUACUCCGAGGUUCUAAGUUUUCAGACUGUUCCAAUCGAGUCUCCUAAGGAUGAUGCAAAUUUCGGAGGUGAAAUCGGAGCUGGACCUGAUGCCUCUUGCUGGUUAAGCUCUUGUCCUGAAACUCCAGGGGAUUCUGCUACUAUCCAGCUUUUGUUGGAUUCAAAGAAAGCUGCUUCCGAGGACCGAAUUCAGGCUGUUACUGACAAUUUGCUUUCGCACAAAAUGAAGCGUGAUUGGAGAACUCUUCAAUCUGCAGUCUGCUUUGAAACUACCGAAUUGAACGUGCUUAUUGCAAGGCUUCAAGCAGAAGGCUGUGAAUAUCAGAUUAGACCUUCAGAACUCGAUCCUUUCGAGGUAUAUGUUGUUGAUCCUUUAGGAAGCCUUAUUGGUUUCAGUGGCCUUAAAAAUGCUUUCGGUGUUAGUUCCAAUACUCGCCACAGUUCCAAAAACUCCUUAAAUGUCACUGGGAUGAUGAGCACUGCAGCCACUAGUGAAGCCUCAACUCCUUUAGCCCAAGCUCUGGCUUCUGGUAUUGCACAGAAACGUAGAAACAUCGCUGUGAUGACCUCAGGUGGUGAUGCUCCAGGUAUGAAUGCCAACGUUAGAGCAAUCAUUAGAGCAGCUAUCUAUAAAGGAUGUCAUGCGUUUGCCAUAUACGAGGGUUACUCAGGUCUUGUUAAAGGUGGCCCAGAAUACAUUCGUGAGAUGAAAUGGCACAAUGUCCGGGGAUGGCUUUCAGAAGGUGGUACAAAUAUUGGUACUGCUCGUUGUAUGGAGUUUAAAGAGAGAUGGGGUCGUGUUGCCGCUUGUAAGAAUAUGAUCAAUGCUGGUAUUGAUGCCUUGAUUGUCUGUGGUGGUGAUGGUUCCCUUACUGGUGCAGAUCUCUUCCGUUCCGAGUGGCCUUCUCUUAUCAAGGAACUUCAUGAGAAGAAUGAAAUUACUCAGGAUCAGUAUGAUAACUACAAACAUUUGAAUAUUUGUGGUACCGUUGGUUCUAUCGAUAACGAUAUGUCUUCUACGGAUGCUACCAUUGGUGCAUACUCGUCCUUGGCUCGUAUUUGCGAAGCUGUCGAUUACAUUGGGGCCACUGCCAAAUCGCAUCAGCGUGCCUUUGUCGUUGAGGUUAUGGGUCGUCACUGUGGUUGGUUGGCUCUUAUGGCUGGUAUUUCUACUGCUGCCGAUUACAUCUUUAUUCCAGAGAGACCUUCCUCCAGAAAGGAGUGGGCCGAUCACAUGUGUGAAGUGGUUGGAAAGCACCGUGCCAGAGGUAAGCGUAACACCAUUGUUAUUGUUGCCGAAGGUGCCAUUGACAUCAAUUUAAACCCCAUUUCUUGUGAGGAUGUUAAAGACGUUCUUGUGAAUCGUUUGGGUCUUGACACAAGAAUUACUACUCUAGGUCAUGUCCAACGUGGUGGUUCUGCCGUUGCUUACGAUCGUAAUCUCGCUACAUUGCAGGGUGUUGCUGCAGUUGAGGCAGUUCUUGACGGUACUCCUGACACUCCUUCUCCUAUGAUUGCCAUUGCUGAGAACAAGAUUGUCAGAAGACCGCUUGUUGAGGCUGUUAAACUCACGAAGUCUGUCGCCCAGGCUAUCAGCGAAAAGGACUUUGACAAAGCCAUCAGCUUACGUGACUCUGAGUUUACAGAACAUCUUCAUAACUUUACCGCAAUGAACAAUGCAGACUUUGAAGAGCCAACGCUACCUGCAGAGAAGCGUAAAAGAUUUGCAAUCAUCAACGUUGGUGCUCCUGCUGGUGGUAUGAACUCCGCGGUGUAUGCUUUUGCUACUUUUUGUAUGUCCCGUGGUCAUGUGCCAUAUGCUAUACAUAACGGAUUCCCAGGUUUGGCUCGUCAUGAGGCCGUGAGGUCGCUUAACUGGCUGGAUAUCGAUGGAUGGAUGACCUUGGGUGGUUCAGAACUUGGUACCAACAGAACUACACCCGAAGAUUCUGAUAUGGGAAUGGUUGCAUACUACUUCGACAAGUAUCACUUUGAUGGUUUGGUUCUUAUUGGAGGCUUUGAGGCAUUUGUGUCUCUCAGCCAGUUGGAGAGAGCUAGAGCCAACUAUCCUGCUUUUAGAAUCCCUAUGGUGCUUAUUCCAGCCACAAUAUCCAAUAAUGUGCCUGGCACGCAGUAUUCCCUAGGAUCUGAUACCUGUCUAAACUCGUUAGUCGACUACUGUGACUCUAUUAAACAGUCUGCUGCUGCUACGAGAAACAGAUGCUUUGUUGUCGAAUGCAUGGGAGGUAACUGUGGUUACAUUGCCUCAUACACUCAACUGGCUACUGGAGCCGUUGCUUCCUACGUGCCUGAAGAAGGCAUGUCUUUAGAGCAACUGGAGCAGGAUAUAGAGACGUUGAAAGUCUCGUUUGGUAACGAUAAAGGUAAAGAGAAGUCUGGACGUUUAUUGAUCAAGUCUGCCAACGCUUCUAAGGUUUUCAGUGCCCCUGUGAUGGCCAAGAUUAUCAAUUCAGAGGCUCGCAGACGGUUCGAUGCUAAGACUGCCGUGCCAGGUCAUGUGCAACAGGGUGGUAUUCCAUCUGCUAUUGAUAGAUCUCGUAGUGCCAGGUUUGCCAUUCGUGCAAUCAGGUUCUUAGAGGAGCACUAUGAUGAGAUUGCCUCUUCUGAAAGCUCGUUAGGCGAGUUUAUCGAGUCUGAAACUGCCUCUGAGACGGCGUGCGUUCUUGGUAUUGAAUCGUCUCAUGUCAAAUUCCACUCCAUCAGAAAAUUGUAUGACUACGAAACUGAGGCCGGCAAACGGGCCAGGAAGAGAAUUUUUUGGCAGGAUGUGAGGGACAUUAGUGACAUGCUAACCGGAAGAGUUAGAGUCAAAGCCUCUAGUUGA